AUCCCUAUCCACACCUCCUUACCCUUACCCUCCUCCACCUUAUAUAAACCCCCUUUCGCUCGCCUUGACCAUCCCGAGCCUCUUCCCCCCCCGCCGUAUCACCAUGUCGCUCCGUGUACCCCCUUCGCAUCCGGCCCUGUCCUAUCGGGAGGCUCGUCCCUGCAGCCGGCUCUGCCUGACUACGCCCGAUCCAGCCCCUAGCGCCUCUCCGGGAGCGUCUUCCGCUGCACCGAAUCGAGCACCCUGCAGCCUGACUCGCAGCCAUAUUCGUUCAUGUGACUUGCGCGGCGGCCUGCUAUGCCUGAGGCGCCUGAGGCGUGGUUGGUUACACACAGCCCUACCUGCCUUGUUCUGGAGGCGAGAAUAUCUCCUCUUAUUAUAUUGCCUACCUAAGGUACCUUAGGUGAGGUAAGGUACCUAGGUAAGAACCUAGACAAGGUAGCUACUCCGUACGUGAAGAAGCGAAAUCUCUAUGCAUUCAUCAAGCCCAAGCCCAAGCAAGCCCCAAGGAAGAACUAUAAUAAC